AUGUCCUCCCGCAAGCCCUUCAGCGGCACCACCACGACGCUCGUCCCACCGGGCUCGGCCCAUGCCGGCAGCAUGAACAGCACGCUCUUGCCGGCCCCCGUGGGCAUCACCGCCACGAUCGCGCUCUCGCCGGCCUGGAUCGCCUGCAUCGCU